GCUGAACACCACCGUCGCGCCUCUCUUCUUCGCAGACCAGUUCCUGCAGAUCUCCACCUCCUUGCCCUCCCAUUUCAUUUCUGGGUUGGGAGAGCACCUGACGCCACUGGUCCUUGACACAGCGUGGACCAGGGUCACGCUCUGGAAUCGGGACAUGGCGCCCGUGCCCCAGGUCAACCUCUAUGGCUCCCACCCUUUCUACCUGGUGAUGGAGGAUGGCGGUUUGGCACAUGGUGUCUUUCUGCUGAACAGCAACGCGAUGGACGUGCUCCUGCAGCCCAGCCCGGCCCUCACUUGGCGCACGACGGGCGGGAUCCUGGACUUCUACGUCUUCCUGGGCCCUGAUCCCAAGAGUGUGGUGCGGCAGUACCUGGACAUUGUCGGGUUCCCCUUCAUGCCUCCCUACUGGGGCCUGGGCUUCCACCUCUGCCGCUGGGGCUACUCCUCCACUGACAUCACCCGGCAGGUCGUGGCCAACAUGACGGCAGCCCGCUUCCCCCUGGACGUGCAGUGGAAUGACCUCGAUUACAUGGAUGCCAAGAGGGAUUUCACCUUCAACAAGAAGGGCUUUAAGGACUAUCCAGAGAUGGUGCAGGACUUCCACCGCCGCGGGCUGAGGUACAUCAUGAUUGUGGAUCCUGGGAUCAGCAGCUCGGGGCCUCCUGGCACCUACAAGCCCUUUGACGAGGGACUGAAGCGAGGGGUGUUCAUCCGAAACGCCACGGGGCAGCCCCUGAUUGGGAAGGUGUGGCCGGGCCCAACAGCCUUCCCGGACUUCACCAACCCUGAGACUCACGAGUGGUGGCAUGACAUGGUGAAGGACUUCCACGACCAAGUGCCCUUUGAUGGCAUGUGGAUUGACAUGAACGAGCCCUCGAACUUUGUGGAGGGCUCCCAGGACGGCUGCCCCAACAACAGCCUGGAGCAGCCCCCCUACGUGCCAGGUGUGUUUGGGGGACGCCUCCAAGCCGGGACCAUCUGUGCCUCCAGCCAGCAGUACCUGUCCUCCCACUACAACCUGCACAGCCUGUACGGGCUGACCGAGGCCAUCGCCUCCCACGAUGCACUGCUGAGGGUCCGGGGCAAGCGCCCCUUCGUCAUCUCACGCUCCACGUUUGCUGGGCACGGGCGCUACGCAGGGCACUGGACAGGGGAUGUAAGCAGCGACUGGGAGCAGCUGUAUUACUCCAUACCAG